GGGACAGGUGCCCGUCCAUGUUGAAAUUUUCGCCUGCAAAACAAUUAAUUAAAACAUGGAAAAAUAUGGCCGAGAAAUUGCUUCGAUCUGACUUAAAUUACUAGUUCCAGAUCAAUGUCUGAGUGUGUCGGUGAUGUUGGCAGUACCGCCUCCUGACAAUGUCUGAGCAACACCUGGCAUUUGGAAGUGAAUCUCAAGGUAAAAUCACAAUCAAUCAAGACCUAGCCAGCGCCCUUCUCCGGGACAACGCGAAUGAGGGAAACGUUAUGAGCGCAGUGCCGGGACAGGAGACCGAGAAGGUGUAUGUGGAUUGGCCAGAAACUGAUGACGACGAGGAGUACAGAUUUGUGAGCAGUCGCGUGGACGAUUACAAGGCGAACAACGAUCAAAAAGCCCCGCCUCAAGGAAGCGCUCAGGGGCGUACUUACAUCUUAAAAGAUAAUACAUUACCGCUACCGCAAUCAGUGGCGCCACCUGCGGUAGUUGAUCCAAAAAACUCACCGCUGCACGUUCGUAUCUUGUCGGGGAAUACGUACCAGGACGAACGGACAUUACAAGAUGAAGCUGACUAUCAGCGCCAGCUGCAGCAACGGAUUGAAAACAAUUCACUGAAGGAUGCGCAGUUGGAAAUACCGCGAUUAGACUUGGAGGCGUUGCGUGAGAGUGCACAAGAUUUCGUGGCCGAUUCUUUAGAUGUGAUAUCUGUACGCUCGCCUAAUCCUCCACGGGAAGAUAAUCCCCCUUACAAAGCACAGAAUUUUGAACGUGACUCAUUAGACGUUGACAAUGAGAAGGUAGUAGAUAGUUUGGAAUUCAAUCCGCAGUUAAAUUCCACGUUUAAUCGAGACGCGAAUGGCUACCAGGAGCUUACGGCGAUAGACAGCAGUCGGGAUCCACCACCGCGUGAAACGAUCGUACGGCCUCCUCCGUACGGGAAAGAGGAAACGCAACGGAAUAAUUCUAACACAGAAAUGGACAAGUACAACAGGGCGAAAUUUCAAGCGCAGCACUACGAUUAUGGCGUCAAGGAUGACAAUCGGCGACCUGCGCCGCAGGGUCAAGGUCAUUAUGACCAAGAUCGGGAUCGCUGGGAAGCGGUUGACAACGGGAAAGAGGAUGCGUACUCACAAGACCAAAAGAGGGCAUCGCCUGUCCCCUAUGCUGGGAGGGUCGAAUAUGAGGCUCGAAUUCCGGUAAGAAAUGAUGAAUAUGAUCGAGCUGGUCCUCCGCCCGAGCGAUACGAAACUCAAGAAGAUGAUCGCCGACAACCCCAGCCUGUUCCUGAUUAUCGUUAUGAAAAUUAUGAACGGGAUCAUCCGUAUCGGGAGCCUCCUAGGCAGCAACAGUAUGGAGAGGAUCCAAGGGGGCCUCCGAUGCAGGCCCCUCACCAAUAUCGCGAGCCUGCUCCACAGCGACAGCAGCCUCAGUAUGAGGAUGACCCCCGUGGUGGGCCUCCAAGGCAUGCCCCUCAGCAGCGACAAUAUGAUUACAUUGAUAGGCGCCAACCACCGUCACAGGACCAGAAUCGACAGGACUCUCGCCCAUUGCCCGAAAAGCGGGCACACUUCCAAAAUGACAAUUACAACCAACAGGUGGCAUAUGAACAGGCCCAGCGGCAGGGGCAGUUUAGCCAGCGGCCUCCAACACCCUAUCAAGAGGAGAUAGAUCCUGGACAUUCUGAACAAUAUAAGGGGCCUCCCCCACCGCAGCCCAGGGGGGCUUACCCCCAGGGAAGUGCUCACACCGAUUUAGGUAUUUAUAAUGACGAAUCGGAGUCUGAACCGUCUGCUGUUAAUUUACGGAUGCAAAAUGAAUUGGAACGCGAUUUAGAGGAACUGUAUCAGAAUCGUAAGGGAAAGCCGCGUCGGCAGUUACAAAACGAUGAAGUGUAUAGUCAAACGUUACAGGAGAGAACGGGUGGGAAUACAGACCGAGGGGAGUCGGAUCAACCCGUGAAAAAAUCGCCACAAAAAAGCCCUUCCAAACCUGCGCCUGAUUUUGUUGAAGAUAAUAAACAGACUUACGGUAGAGGCCCGAAACGGACUUACGGUAAAAUUUUAGAAAAACGUAAGGACGAUACGUCACCGAAACGUGAGCGUGGGCCGAAAAAUAUUUCUAAUAGCGCUGGCGCGUUGAGUGAUCAUGAGGAGCGCAUAGAAGUGGAGAAGCCUGUGAAGCCGUCGUCCGCUGAAGAUAUUUGGGCCCAGCGGGCCAAGAGACUCCAGCAGAAGACGAGCGGAAAAGGCCCGAAAAAAUCUUCCAAGGCGAACGAACGUGGCCCCAUGCGGAAAUAUCCGAGCGAGAGCAGUGUGCCGAGUUCUAGCAAGAAACACAUGGCCCAUCUGCAGCCCCUUGAUGCGAGUGAACCUCAUGUGAUGGCGCCGUACCAGGCUGGGACGACGGUGGAGGCGCGGCCAGUCCAAGCAGUGUGGUCGGAUGACGGCCAGAGGGUCAGCCUUGAUAUCAAUCUGAAGUUGGUCAGCCCUUCUCCAAACAACAAGCCCCCUCUUCCACCUGUUGGUCACAGCAGCGACUCCGCCUCAAAUGUUGGCUCAGCAACCCAAGUCGAUCGAAUAUAUGACUAUCCGUAUGCCGACCCGUACUCCCUUGACCAGAUGACGCCUCGUGAUCACGUCGACCAUUAUCUCAACACGUCAGGUCACUACAACGCUCAGGUCAACCCCUACAGGGCACUGCCACCUAUCCCUCAAGAUCAAAAUGAAGAUAGUUACGUGGCCCAGUACCGCCACUCGAAGCAGGCGGCACAUGUCGGUGCUCAGUAUAAACCGUACUCCCUCAAUGACUACAAGAAGAUGCAGAAGGAGGUAAAACUCGGUGGACUCGGGCCGGAUCUGGACAACGAAACACGCAAAGAAAAGCAAGAGAAAAAGAUGCGUCAACAGGAGUAUGCGCGGCAGAUCCAUAUGAAGAAUGUGCAGGAGUACCAGGUGGCCAGACGACGGGUACCACCGCCCCCGCCCAAGGAGGAGCCCAACCCGUUCACUCCGAAUCUCUCCAAGAGAAGUGUGGCACUGGAGUAUUCAAAUCGCGUCCAACGAGGAACAGCCAAGCCAAGCCCAUCACCGCAGCAGACGACACCAAAACCGUCAAAGAAGGGACAGUUACCGCCGAAACCCCCGACGAGAUUUGCACCGACGCAAGGGGGAGUGAACAAUACCUUAUACACCCCUCCGCAGACCACGAGACCCUUUACACAAAUGCCCCAGGGUACCCCGCCUUUACCCGGUAUGACGCCGGCGGUAAAUCGACGAAACGCGGGAAAUAUCAAAGCGAAUCAACCCGAGUUGAUCGACUUGACGAAAUUGUUACAACAGCAUCAGCGUGAUAAAGAGAACGUUACUGCCAUACGUCAGAAUUUGGGCGGGGGGCCGAGUUUAGAGAGUAAGGUGUAGUUUGAAUGAUUUGAAGCUCGUGGGCGUCAGCGUGGCCAAGCGUAGUUUUGCCUGAUUAUUGAAGAGUAUCUCCUGGAAAGUCUUUUUGGCGAACUCCCUACUCCCUAAUCUUCAAAUUCUGACCUCCUCAUUUUUUACAAGGCAUGCAAACAUUUCUGGAUUUACUGUUGCACGCAAAAAUAGUGAGAGAAGCUGAUAAGGCAACAUGAAUCCAUUUCAAAUUCUGCAUUGUCACAAAUGAGUCAUCUGGAAGCUGGUACAUUCGGCAAAGAAGUUCUCUCCUGUCCUAAUCAUGCACUGUGUGUUAGGACACAUGUUUAGAAAGAGGAGAAGACGGUCAAGUACUGUGUAGAUAUGUAUUGAGUUGUCUGUCUUAGUACCUGUAGUGUCCUUGUGCCUACUGUCAUAAGUCACUGUCAGUCAUUCCCAACUUCGUUAGUACCGGUAGGUCCUGUACGAAUUUCAUCCAGCAUGGAAUGCUAUCAUACAAUUUGAGACAUUUCACCUGCACAAAUUUCAGACUACUGUUUUUGUACACACAACCACCAGUGCCUAGUCCACUGUCACCUAGAAUUGUCAGUCGAUCGCACUUUGUAAGAACUGGUAUGUCCUGUCAGACUAUCAAUCACCAUGGUAACGUUGUCGUUCAUUUUGAAGACACUUUCUACGGCACAAGUUAUGGAGUGUUGUUUUCCUACGCACAACCGCACAGUAAUUCACCAUGUCUAUUUCAUUUUAGUCAUGAUGAAGUUAAACAUAUGAGCCGUUUCUAUGAAUGAGGAGCUCAAAUGACAUCUUUCACUCAAAAUAUUAUGUUGAUGGCUGAACGUCGACUAAGACAUUGUUAGCGCUUUAAACAAUAUUGGGUGAUUGUGAUGUAAGAAGGAGGAUCCGAGAGAGUCACCCUGUUCUUCUCAUUAAGACGUGCGCCGACUGGGGGUUGAACCCAUGACCUCAGAGGUAGCAGGCGCUUUUUUAAUUUUCCAAUUUAUCUAUUACCGACAGUGGUAUGGAUGUGGUGAACUUCACCUUGAACACCAAGUUGAAGGUUGUGAUAAGUAUUAGCUAAUUUUAAGACGGUCCCCGAUAUUGAACACUACAGUCUAUGAGACUAUUCAGUUCAAAGGGUAUCUAAUCAACGGUAAUUGAGUAUGAAAUCCCCACCGUGCUAACAGAGAAUUGGUGACAAGACUGUGAUUUAUUUGGUGGGGUCUCCACUGAGCAAAUUCAUGUCUGUUCUAAUCUGGCCUGAAAAAGAUAUAAACAGGGCCAAGAGUAGGCUCCAACUGGGAACCACAGUAAUACAAAUCUUACGUCUGACCUCAACUGAGUAGUACCCUGCCUUAUGGAAAAAUCUUGCCUCUGAUAAAGAGGGCCAAGAGUAGGCUCCAACUGGGAACCACAGUAAUACAAAUCUUACAUCUGACCUCGACUGAAUAGUACCCUGCCUUACGGAAUAAUCUUGCAUCUAAAAAAAUUAGACUGAGUACCUGGCCUUACGGAAUAAUUUUGCCCCUCAAUAAUCAAACCUGGUACCUAGCCUUAAAAAACUCAAUGAGUGCCACCUCGAGGUAUUCUUCCAGAACCAGAUGAUACGUUUGUUUGUGUUGAAGGUAUGAGCUCAUUCAUACAAACUACCCGUGUACCGAUAAGAGCAGCUACCAGGUCGCAGUAGACUAGUCUUUUAUACGCAUCUGUGCCCUGGUAGUUGCUCUCAGGACGGCUCUCUUAACUUCAUCUCUCUCCGAAAGAGGAUUGUUUGCAACGUAAAUCGCAACGCAGGGUUUUAUAAAGAUUGUCAUUUUGUCAUGGUGUCCUGAUUAAAGAGGUCAAAUUGAAUGGAAACAACCAAUUUGGGUCCUAAGCUAGUGUCCUUAAUAGAGAGGUUGUCCUUAAUAGAGAGGUUGUCUGCUUAGGGAGGUUCCACUGUAUUGUGGACUUAAACAAGCCUUGUUGCGAUUGACGUUGCAAGCAGUCUGUUGUAUAGUACAUUUCUGUGCCUGUCACCCUAGACUUUUUUUAUGGAAGUAUUUUAUAAGGUCUAUUUUUGUACAGAGUUUGAGAAUAAAUGUUUACAAUAUGUGUCUGUUGUCUAUCCAAGCUGUCUGUAUGUGAUAAUUUAUUUGAUUAUGUAUUCUGCUGUUUGUUAAGUUCCGUCCAGUUUUGUCAUGGUCUAAUGUCAUUACAACAUUGCGUCCAUCUUUUGUAAAAAUCAUACAAAUCGAUUCAUUUUGUAUGAACAAGAUAUUGUAGGGUGUGUGGGGCAUAUGCUGCGCGCUGUGUUGCUCUUGUUAUUUUUCCUGACGCAUUGCUGAAGUCAAUAUUGAAAGCCAAAUAUGAUGAAAUAUUGAUGAAAACAUGUAGAGAAUUUGAUUUGCUAAUAAGUAAGUAAUCUUAUACUAAUAGAAUUGUGCUCUAAGAAAUGAAAAUUUCUGUGUUAAUACUGUGUGUAAAUAUGACUAGGAUUAAUAGGGCAUUUCUUAGUGUUUAUUUAUGGAACUGGUACCAUGUAGGAAGCUAUUUGUUCAAAGCAAGUCCAUUUGAGAUUUCUAUAGACGUCAUGCAGUGACAUCAUCAGGAAGAUCAUUUUUUAACGUCAAAUCCUUUCCCUUCACACUGCUGAUGUCGUGAAAGUGUGUCACGUGUGGAUAAUGUUGUUGCCCACUGACGACAAACGAGGGCGACGUCACCUGGGUCAUUUGACGUCCCGAAUGGCGUCUUUUCUGUGAUGACGUCAUCUGCAUGGCCUCUGUACUUGUAAUCUUACCGGCAUCCUGGUCGGGGAGUUUUGUUAGUGGAAAAUUAGUCGACUUUAGGCCAGCCCAAAUCACAUCAUUAAGUCGCUUUCAUCCUGUCAUCCCCAUACUCUUAAAAGACUGACCCAAAUAUGAAAUGAACUUUGAGUGGAUAGAUGUUAGGGUUGUGUGUAAUUACUAGAAGGUAGUAAGAUUUGUAUUGAAUAAUGGUCAUAAUAUUUUCAUCAGCGCGUCAAGAGAUUUUGUAAGAAAUUCUACGUUGACCCCGAUGGGGUCCUCAAUUGUAUAUAUAAACACUGCUGGAUAUUUUUAAGAAAUUGUACAGUGUACAUUUCAAAUUGAUGAGUUUUUAUUGACAAAUCAUGCUGUCGGAAGAAUUUGAUUAUUUUUUUGUCUGUGUGUCCUCGUUCUAAUUAUUUCUGUACCAUUCAUAUUUUUUUGGGCGAAAUUUAUUUCGUUGUAAUAUUAUGUUUUCGAUGUAAUUUAUUAUUGUUAAUCUAAUAUGUGCCAUGCCACAUGGCUGUCUGUUAUGUGCAGCUAAUUCAAAGUGGUUAAAAACCUUUUGAUCAAAGCGUAAAUAGUGAAAUUAGUCUAGAAAUAUUGAAAUCUGUCCAGAUUCUUUGUCAGCUAAAAUAUAUCACUGACGGAAGUGUGCGCUGUGACCAGCUUCGUGUAAAUCUGCGGCAGCUGGUAUCUCCCACAUCUCUGUUCAAGGAACGAUAGCCCUCCAGCAGGCUGAAGACCCUGUCAAAAGAACAUGGCUUGUGUGGUUUGUUUCCACAUGGGCACCGAAAUUUGGCAGAAAAAAACCAGCAACAAUUCUCCAUGACUGUAGCAAAAAUGCCAAGUUUCUUGAUCGAGUCCAUAGGUGGGUUGAGGCAGGGGUUAGUGAAACGAUAUGCACCCAUGCCCUAGACUGACCCUGAGCAAAAAUGGGGGGCGGGUGGCUAGGAGAGAUACACCAACUGCCUCUAGAUUCAUACUAAGCUCAGCAGAGCACAUGUUCUCUAACGUCACUUUUGCUCCGUGACAUUAUAUCCAGCUGCCAGGGGAUCUAGAUAGAUCCAAAAAUUUCUGGACUAUUUUCACUACUUAUGCUGCGAUCAAAGGUUUCAAACUACUUUGGAUUAAGUCCCAGCAUAGAUGAAUAUAUCACACUUCACCCAAUCACACCGCUGAAAUAUCCUGUAGGAGAGCUAUUUUUCACUCCCAAUGUUAUAGGAACACCCUUCAGGCUUGUACAAGUACACUGUGGUAUGGAGAGUGGCUUGCCAAAGGCAAGCUAUUGAAUGCCAUGCAGGCCACACCAUCACCACGCCGAAAUACGUCAAAAGACGGCCUGCCGAAUAUCUUACAGAAGCCGAAAUUCGGUCCUCCUUAUCAAACACAUGGGAGAGAAAAACAGCCCGACAGUUAUUUUCAAAUGUAAAAGCUUCCUACUGUACUGUUUCAUUGUGAGUUCUCCUCAUGCCUUGUCAUUUGUAUCUAUCUCAUAUCAUAUGUGACCCGCCAUGACGAAACAAGUCGCGUGUCGCUCCGAGCUUGACAGGUUGAGACGGACUGGUUGUUCAUUUCAUUAUUGUCCGCCUUUUGUGACACCUGAGUACAUCAAUUUCAUCCAUUAUGUCCUGGUGUCCUUUUAGGCUCAUCUUCUGUGCGACAUGCCACUAGUUUGUCGUGGUGGGUCUCAUAUGUCAUCAGUCUCCUCUCCAUGUGUUUAAAGAACCUGUGUGCACUCUAAAACAGUGUGGUUGUGAUCUCUAGGUAAUUUGUCAUGAAACGUUUCUGCUCCAGCCUCAUGUGGUCCCUUUCAGGUAUGUCAUCUGGUUUGAGUCAGUUUGGGAGCAGUAAGAAUAAGUCAAGUGCUUCUAACAGAAAUAUUUUUGGUGUCCAUUUGGGGUGGCACCGUCUAGAUAGAAAUGUCAAGUUGCAGAAGUACCUUGUUGAUGUCUUGGGCUCAUAUCCAUAUUUGAAGUGCCUCGAGUGACUGGAUCAGAAACUAACAUUAUGUUUGCUGCUGCUGCUGAUUACUCUGACUUGUAUAUAACUGAAUAUCCAAAUAAA